CUCUAAGAUUCUGGUGAACGAAGUUUGUUCAACAAACGCGACACAAUUAAGCAAUAGUAGAUCAACAAAACAAUUAACAAAAUGCAUUAAUUAGAAAUUAAAACUAGAUAGAAUUAAACAAAUAAUUGUGCUGUGUGGAAAGUGCAAGCAGCAGCAAAUAUGUUAAAUUGAACAACACUUGAAAUUGGGGAAACGCAGACAACUCCGAUCAUCUAGUAUUUUGUUGUGGCGAGAUGAUGCUGGAGUUGCCAGAUGUGAAGCCGCCGCCUGAGCUGUUGAUGGAGGUUGCAAGCGAUUUGAGCAGCAUUAAAAGCGAACCCGGCACAACAAACGACAAACCCAAGCCGAAGCCUGUGCAUUGUGGAAAGAAUGCUGCGGCCUUUGAAACGGAACGUUUGCUCAUCCAGCUGGUGAGUGAACAACCGGCACUGUAUAAUAGUCGACAUCUGCGCUUCAAGGAUGAUGCAUACAAGGAGCUGUUGUGGCAACUGAUUGCCAACAAAGUGGGCAAAGAGUCGAGCAAUUGCAUGAGCCUUUGGGCCGAGUUGAGGCAUCGUUAUCAGCGACAUGUGCAGCGACGUCGUCGUCGCCAUUGCAUUGGCAAACGUUACGCCUCGCUGCUGCAUGAGGAGCAGAUGCUUUUCCUGUAUCCCCACGUGGCCAGGAUGCCGCUGCAACGUCAGAGGCCAGAGCAUCAACAGACCAGCAACGACAUCGCUCACGACGACAAUGAUGAUGAUGAUGAGGUGACCAUUGUGGCGCCACAACCUGCGAUUAUUAUCGAUGUGGACAAGGUGGCCAUUGAGUACUAUAAACUGAACGCAGAACAGUUGCGUCUGAUCGAUGCUGUGCGUGCUUAUCCGCAGCUGUAUGAUGUGCGGCAUGCCGCGUAUUGGAAUCAUCGGCAUCGCGGUCUCAUCUGGGGCGCCAUCUCGAAUGAGCUGCACGAAAAGGCCACCAAACUGAUGAAGAGCUGGCUGCAAUUGCAAAUACGCUACGAAUGGGAAUUGCUGCAGCAACACAACAACAACACGACAACACGUUCGCGUCUCAGCGAACUUUUGGAAUUCCUCGAGCCCCAUGUGCCCGAGCAAAUGGGCAGCGUUUGCAAAUUGUCGCUAUAUUUGCGAACUGCGUGGCACGAUCCCAUCGAGCAUUUUCGCAGCGUCAUGUGUCUCAUCCAAGUGCUCUAUACGGUGCCCGAACUCACCCAAAUGGUGGAGGAUUAUCAGCACAGCGAAGAGAAGCCGCCGCGUUACGAGGAGCUCUGGCUGAGCGUCGCGGCUCAAGUGCAGAAUGCGAGUCAUCAGCGGUGCGAAGUGACGUGGCUGGUGUUGCGGCACUUCUAUCGCGAGCUGUCCGAGAUGCGCAAGGUGGGAUAUCAGCUGCAGGACAAAUGGUUCUUCGAGAACAUCAUUUCAGCGAUGUACAAACAGCAAUUCACACGACAAGCGCGUCCCGGUCGCAAACGUGCCCAGCCAUCGUCGUCGCCACCGUUGCAGACGCUGCCAGAGGCAAUGAGCGACGAGCUGGCGACGGAGAACGAUGAUGGACCCAAGGGAUUGGCUGCGGGUGAGCCGGUGCCACCGUUGCCCCUGGCCAUUGUGUAUCCCAUGAGCAGCAAGACGUCAACAGCGACCACAUCGACGGGCGGCAGUGAUAAUGGCUGCAGCAAUGAGAACAGCAAUCAUAGCAUUAGCUCCAAUUGCAGCUCCACAACGAGCUUUGUGCUGCCGCGCAUCGAUGCCGACAUUAGCGUGUUGCCGCCGGCAACAAACGAGGCAGUUGCAGUUCCAGUUGCAGUUGCAGUUGCUCCUCCCAGCACUUCCAUUAUCUCAGUUGUGCCCAACAGCAGUCUCUUUCCGCCUGGCAGCGACAAGGCGAACAACAACAACAACAGCAACUCGAGUGGCGACAGCAACGCGAACAGUGACAACAAAUUGAACUGCAGCGACAGCAACAACAUUAAUGAGCCUGGCAUUGUGACUUAUUUGUCUAAAAAAUCGCCCAAAUCUCUGACGGUGCGCAAUGACAAAGUGCCUAUGCCCACCAGCCGAAUGUGGCCAACGGCAACGAUUGGAUCAACAACAGUAACAGCAAUGAAGAACGAAUCAGCAGCAACAGCAGUAGCAGCUGCAACCACAUCCGCUUCGAGUGCAACAGCAACAUCAAUAGCAAAGAAAACUGUAAUUCCGAUUGGGACAACAUUAACCAUUGCCACAGUGCAGCGCAACACAGCAGAGAAUAACAGCAACAACACAAACAACAACACCAGCAAGAGUACCAGCAACAUCAUCAGCAUCAACUCCAGUAACAUCACCAGCAACAAUACCAACAACAACACCAGCAACAACUCUAGCAGCAGCAGCAGUAACUCCAUCAGCAACUUUUUGGCCUCUCGCAACAACUCGGGGAACUUUUUCAACAUACGUUCGUCUAGCGGCAGCAUCAGCAUACACACCAACAGCGCCAGCAAUUCGAUUAGCAUACGUUCCAUCAGCAACAAUCCCAUAAAAAUUACUAACACCAACAACAAAAGCAAGUCGAAUACGAAUUCGGUUGCCACUUCGUCGAGUUCUGCGUCAGCAGCAAAUUCAACACCAGCUGCACAAUUGUUGCGUGUGGAGUUCCGUGAUUGCCCAUCGAAUGGACGCAUGUUGCAUGUGACGGGCAACAAUGUGCCGAUCCAGGCGAAUUUCAAUAUGUCGCGCACUGCGCUCUUCAUACGCGAAGUGAUGGCCGUGCCACAGUUGCACAGCAAGGAGCCGCAUUUGACCAACAAAAUCAACGAUCUCUGGUCGCAGUUAGCCAAAAAGUUUCAUCUCCCAGAUGAUAUUUGUCGCGGCAUUUGGACAUUUUUGUCGCACAACAUCAAUUUGUUUCCACAAAUUGCGCCCAUGGUGGACUUGAUGCGUCCGUUUAAGAGCACACUCAAGGUGUGGGAGAAGUCGCAUCGUCUGUUCAGCAAAUUCGAUGAGAUCGCACGCAAAUACGAAUGGAUGCUGCACAAACACGAAUUGCCCGCUCUCAUGCAACAUUUUAAGCGCUACGAACAUCUCUACUGGGAACUCCGUCGUCCACGUCCCGGCGAGUCGGCAAAUUCGAUGCGGCCGCCUCGUGAGUUUACCGAGCAGGAGCGUCACGAUGUUUGGCGCGAGGCAAAGGAGAAUUUUCCACAAAUGAAUCAUCGGGAUGUUUGGUCGAUGUUUAAGUUUGCAUUCAAGACCUACAUGGAGGAUCUGGAGCGGGGCAUCGAGAAUCCCUGGCCACAGAACUGGUGGCAUGCCCUGGAGCAACUGAAGUUCCUGGUCAAUGUGCGUUACCAUCCGCUCGAUCCGUAUUAUUAUAUUGUGCACAACAAGUUCAUGGAGGAGGUGAAACGUUGCAGCAUGUACGAAGCAUUGAUGCAGCCCCAGGAUGAUGAUGACGACGCCGAUGAACGACGCUCCGCCGCCAGGCACAAGAUGCCACCGCUGGUCAGCAUCUCGGAUCCCAUGCCCUGGGAGACGGAGGAGGCGAAACGUUUGCUCGUUGGCGAUUUGCACGAGGCGAUCAAUGUGCAGUCCGAGGCAGAGAACGAGUCGGAAACGGAAUCUGAAAUGGAAACCGAAGCCGAUCUCGUUGUUCAGCUGCCAGAGGAGCAGAGCCCGAAACUGACGGGGGGAUGUGGCAGACCAGCCAAAGCAAUGGAAGUUGAUGGAGCAGAAGCGAAGCAACCGGUUGUCGAGUUAGCACAGUUCAUUGGCAACGACGAUCGACAAUUGCCCAGCGUCAAUGGAUUCCUGUUGACGGAAUCAAUGCGUCGCCAUCGCAGCGCCUUUAGCGUCGCAAACACUGCCGAGAAACGCGCCGCCUGGAUACGUAUCUCCAGGGAGCUGAGGUCGUCAGUCACCGAAUGCCGCUUGAGUUUCCAGCACAUGUUGAGGGAGCAACGUGUGUGGCGCAUCAGCGAUCCGAGCGGACGUUGCACGAUGUCGACGAAGUAUUAUCGCCACAUGACCGACAUCUACAGGGAGGUGAUGUUCGCCCACAAUGCGCAUCGGGUGUCCAAACAGCCCGACGAACGCGAGGAAACGAUCUUUCCCGAGCGCUACGUUCCCGAGAUCAGUGCUCUGAACUGUGAACCGCAAUUGGUGCUCAAGAAUUGGUCUUAUGCCAUUGCCCAUUUCCCAUUGGUUAUACAGGAGGAGCUGCGUUCGCGUUUGCGUUUCAUAUUUUCCAAAUAUGAACGACUUGGAAAGUUGCGCGGUGCCGCCAAGAAAUUCGCAAAACAUUAUUAAAAAUAAAUAUAAUAAAAUUAGUUCGGGAUUUGAAUACCCGACUACAAUUGGAACCCAAUUCCUCGCCCAACAAA